AUGCCCUCUGUCACCGCGCUCAGGCGCUGGCUCGUCUUCGUUGCUCUGUUGCGACUCCUUGCAGUGGUCAUCGGCUUCGGCUCCCCAGACAAGCUGCGCACGAAUCUUUACAAUCGGAAGCCUUUCCUUGUGAACGACCUGCAAGGCCGCACCUUUGCGGUGUGGACCCUGACAUCCUCCGUCCUCUGCCUCAUCUGUGCCCGCAACCCCUGCGUGCCCUCCAUCUACGGGGCGACCCUGGCAUCCUUUGCCAUCGCCCUCCUUCACUUCCUGCUGGAGCUGACGGUGUUUGGCACACUCGAUUGGCGAGGCGCCCUGCAGCCCGGCAUCGUCGCCACGGUCUCUGUCCUCUGGAUGGGGGCAGGCUGGAAUUACUACACGUCAUAUGCGCCCAGGGCAGAACCGACGGUGUCUGAGGAGGUCACCGUUACAAAGGAUGAAUGA